GGAGCGGCGUGUGGGGCCGCCGGGUCCGGGUCGGGAGCCCGCCGCGAGAAGAGGAGGAGGAGGGCGGCGGGCGGCUGCCGCCGACCAGGGCAGGCAGUGACUGUCUGCGGGCUCCAGGACAACUAGCAUCUACUUAUAGAGCUGGGUGGAAACCCCUCACCUCGGAAAACAGUGUAUCUGGAUACCUGCUGACCGUUUCUGCCACUCAGCCUUCCAUAGUGCAAUGUCAGGGCACCACACUCCCUCUGCUGGGGGUCCCUUCUCAGCGCUCACCCCCAGCAUUUGGCCACAGGAGAUCCUGGCAAAGUAUACACAGAAAGAAGAAUCCAUCGAGCAGCAAGAGUUCCGCUAUGAUGAAUUUGGUUUCCGAGUUGAUAAGGAAGAUGGUGCUGAGCCCAACUCCAGCAAGCUUCUGAGGAUCCCACUGACAGAAGAGCCACAGCAGAGGCUCAAGUGGCAAGCUCACCUGGAGUUCACACACAACCAUGACGUGGGUGACCUCACCUGGGACAAAAUUGAGGUCACCCUACCACAUUCAGACAAGUUGCGCUCUCUGGUGUUAGCCGGCAUCCCACACAGCAUGAGGCCACAGCUAUGGAUGCGUCUGUCUGGGGCCUUGCAGAAGAAGAGAAAUUCAGAGAUGUCAUAUCGGGAUAUUGUGAAAAACAGCUCUAAUGAUGAAACCAUUGCUGCCAAACAGAUUGAGAAGGACUUGCUCCGCACGAUGCCCAGCAACGCCUGCUUCUCCAACAUGAACAGUAUUGGGGUGCCGCGUCUACGCAGGAUACUCCGGGGACUUGCCUGGCUCUAUCCGGAGAUAGGAUAUUGCCAAGGCACUGGCAUGGUAGCAGCCUCCCUGCUGCUCUUCUUGGAAGAAGAAGAUGCCUUCUGGAUGAUGUGUGCUAUCAUUGAGGAACUAGUUCCGGCCUCCUACUUCAGCACCACCCUGAUGGGGGUGCAGACAGAUCAGCGUGUCCUACGACAGCUCAUUGUGCAGUACUUGCCCCGCCUGGACAAGCUGCUCCAGGAGCACGACAUCGAGCUGUCCCUGAUCACCUUGCACUGGUUCCUUACCUCUUUUGCUAGUGUUGUCCACAUCAAGCUGCUGCUACGUAUUUGGGACCUGUUUUUCUACCAAGGCUCUCUGGUGCUGUUCCAGCUCACAUUGGGCAUGCUCAGUAUGAAGGAGGAUGAGCUAAUCCAGUCUGAGAACUCUGCCUCAAUCUUCAACACGCUUUCGGACAUCCCAAGUCAGAUUGAAGAUGCGGAUGCGCUGCUGCGGGAGGCCAUGCGUGUGGCUGGCUCGCUAACAGAUGUGGCGGUGGAGACCCAGCGCCGCAAACACUUGGCCUACCUCAUUGCCGACCAGGGGCAGCUGCUCAACACCAGCACCACUGUCAACAGUUUGUCCAAGGUUGUACGGCGCAGGACUCAGCGCAGGAAAUCUGGCAUCACCUCUCUGCUUUUUGGGGAUGAUGACCUGGAGGCACUGAAAGCUAAGAACAUUAAGCAGACGGAGCUGGUAGCUGACCUGCGUGAGGCCAUUCUCCAAGUGGCGCGACACUUCCAGUGUGUGGAUCCCAAGAACUGCAGUAUUGAUCUGACUCCAGAUUACAGCAUGGAAAGCCACCAGCGGGACCAUGAGAACUAUGUAGCCUGUUCCCGCAACCGCCGGCGUCGAGCAAAGGCGCUUCUGGACUUUGAGCGUCAUGACGAUGACGAGCUGGGCUUCCGCAAGAACGACAUCAUCACGAUUGUCUCCCAGAAGGAUGAGCACUGUUGGGUGGGGGAACUGAAUGGACUGAGAGGUUGGUUUCCUGCAAAGUUUGUGGAAAUCUUGGAUGAGCGGAGCAAAGAGUACUCCAUCGCUGGAGAUGACACAGUCACAGAAGGAGUGACAGACUUGGUGCGAGGGACACUCUGUCCAGCCUUGAAGUCCAUAUUUGAACAUGGAUUGAAGAAGCCCUCUCUGCUAGGGGGACCCUGCCAUCCCUGGCUGUUCAUUGAAGAGGCUGCAAGCCGUGAAGUGGAACGAGACUUUGAUUCUGUGUAUUCUCGCCUUGUGCUCUGCAAGACUUACAGGCUCGAUGAAGAUGGCAAAGUCCUCACUCCAGAGGAGCUGCUUUACCGGGCAGUUCAGGCUGUGAACAUGACGCACGACGCUGCACACGCACAGAUGGAUGUGAAGCUUCGUUCCCUCAUUUGCGUCGGACUCAAUGAGCAGGUGCUGCAUUUGUGGCUGGAGGUGCUGUGCUCAAGCCUGCAGACCGUGGAGAAGUGGUUUCAUCCCUGGUCCUUCCUGCGCAGUCCUGGCUGGGUGCAGAUCAAGUGUGAGCUGAGAGUACUCUGCAAAUUUGCCUUCAGUCUCUCUCAGGACUGGGAGCUGCCUAUAAAGAGAGAGAUGCACCACUCUUUUCUGUGGGGGUGCUGUGACCUGGGUCCCUGUGCUGUCCUGCAGGAGAAGGAGAAGAAGCCACUGAAGGAAGGGGUGCAGGACAUGCUGGUGAAGCACCAUCUCUUCAGCUGGGACAUAGAUGGGUGACCAUCACCAUACCCCACUCUGGGGAACCUUCUCAAAGUCGCACACUCUUCUCUCACCCCUUUUCUGUUCCCCCCCUUAAUGCUUUCUCCCACCCCUCCCACUUGUAUCUGUGACAAAAUCCCCCCUCGGGGGGGCUGCCAGGCCACCUGGGACAAAUGGCAGCAGUGCCGUGAGGCCAGGCUGCAGACCAGAGGGAGACGGUGGUCGAGGUUGAUGCUGUACGGGGGUGAGUGUGCUCUUGCCACAAAAACAGGUGCCCCCUCCCAGCCUUCUCCGUCUCUGCCACCCAGAUCUUCUGCUUGCCCCUGCCCUCCUCCCCCUGGUGCCAAGGGAAAGCGGCCUGGCCCCCAGCCCCUCCUCACCAGUGCCCUGCGGGCCAGCAGCUGUGUGCGUGCUGGCGCAUUUGCCGCUGCGGGGAAGAGGCAGCGCUCGUGGGAUGGCUUUGAGCCGUGAAGCUGCCGCUGUGGAUAGGUGGCACCGGAGGCGCAGGGGGAAUCGGGCUGUACGGGAGCCGGAAUCGCACAUCCCCUCCGUGCCAGCCAAGGAAAGGGAAGGCAAAACGAAGCACUCGGACAAGUUCCUCUGUCCUGGGGCCUGGGCAGAUGGCAGAGGGGGAAGCACCAUCGGCCUCAUCCCACCUCCCUGGCAUGGGUUUGUGGGGUGUGGACAAGAGGUGCCCGAGUGCACCGGCCUGUUACCACUGUAACAGCCUUCGGGGAUCGGCCUUGUCGGCUCCUGGAGCAGACAAGAACCAGCUCUCCCCUAAACAAGUGUUUCAUGCUGUCAUUUUAAGUCUCUAGAUAUUAUUUUUACUGUUAACCAAAAAGCUGUAAAUUAAUUCUAGGAAUAUGUGUAUAUUUUGGCAUUGUUGUAGCUCAGGAUGGGGUUCAGGUUGGAGCUGGCUCAGGGAGACUAACUCGUCCUCGCCCUGCGGUGGCAGCAGGGAUGCAGGUCGGGAGCGGAGAAUUGCUGCUUUGUGGUGGUGGCUCUGGAGAUGGAGUCUGACUUUCUGCUGAAAGCGCUUGUCUGUGAGCACAAACUACUCAUGAAAUGACACUAGAUUCUUACUUUCCUUUAUUCUGUGGGUUUGUAAAUAAACUGCAUCUUGGGAGA